AUGGCUCUCUGGAUCCGAUCGCUGCCUCUCCUGGCCCUUCUUGCUCUUUCCAGCCCCGGGACCAGCCACGCGGCUGCCAACCAGCACCUCUGUGGCUCCCACUUGGUGGAGGCUCUCUACCUGGUGUGUGGAGAGCGAGGUUUCUUCUACUCCCCCAAAGCCCGACGGGACAUUGAGCAGCCUCUAGUGAGCGGUCCCUUGCAUGGCGAGGUAGGAGAGCUGCCCUUCCAGCAGGAGGAGUUUGAGAAAGUGAAGCGAGGGAUCGUGGAGCAAUGCUGCCACAACACGUGUUCCCUCUACCAACUGGAAAACUACUGCAACUAG